AUGGCUGCUUUGAUUCAAACGUAUCAGCAGCAGACUGGUACGGUGACAAUGCUUCAGGGUCGCUCAACGCCCUCCGGCGGCAUGAUGCCUGCCGUCCCAUCCAACGGGCAUCAUCAAUACACCACUUCGGCACCGAGAGGAGGAGGCGGCUACCGGGGAAGCACUGUUCCUGUUCAGUCAUAUGCUUUUGCACCCACACCGAACCUGAAUCAGAGCAUGCAAUGGCAGCAGUACGGGGCUUAUCGGACGAAUUCAUCCCCCUCCGGCAUUCCCACGCAGACCUACGACCCUGCCCUGGUUCAACGUUCUCACCGCCCCAACCCCAGCCAUGGAAGCAGCAGCGCACGCGACGACGCCGUGAAAUCCCCCGCCCGAAAUGCUACUUCUUCGUCCACCUCGCGCCCGCAGCUUGCUCACGUCUCUACCGGCUCAUCAUCGACGAUACCUACAAGUGGAACGCCCAAGUACACGCCUGAUCGAUACAGGAGGCCUAGCAAUUCAGGCUCUCAACAUAGUCGAUCCCAGAGCACAAAUCCACCGCUCAGUCCCGGCAGCCAAGCCCAGAUGUACCACGCGCCUACUGGCUCGAGAUCCGUUCCGAACCUUACGGGCUCUCCCACCCGGAGCCCAGGAGCAUCCAUGGACGACUCGCACCUGCAUCGCAGGCCGUCUCCGGAUGAGGCGAAGAAGAUGCGCCGCCGAAGCGUGCAUACCAUUCAGUCCACGGACUCAUUCCGUCCUCUUUUGAAGCCUGAGGGCUCCCCUCGCUUGGAGCAGACCGCUGUCGUCAAGAGCGACAAGUCGCCCCAGGCUGCUCAAAGGAUGCCGCUGCACGCCCGCAAAGGAAGCUCUGACAGCGCAUCGUCUGGUCGAAGCGCUCAGUCGCCGUCCGCCUCGUCUUCCAACCGUAAUGCGACGGUCUCCACCAGCAACCCCUCUUCACCGUCCGCUGACGAAACACCAACCAAGAGCGACCAGCUCAAGGCAGCCAACAUUCCGCCGAGAGGCUCGUCUGCCGAUGGAGUCAAGCGGACGCUCAGUCCCUCUCCGUUGUCCAAACCCGCCACGAUGGCUAAUGAACCAGCUGGAGACGCCACUCCCGCUGCCGCCGCCACUACCGCCGCCACAUCAUCACAGGGCAAGCCCGUGGCAUCACCGGCGGCAAAGCAGCUCGCUGCCAUCAAUGAGAAGGAUGUCAAGGGAAAGACCAAGACCUCUAGGCUACGUCGAGCCUUCUCCUUCGGGAGCGCGGCCGAGUUCCGCAAGGCUGCCGGGCCAGAUGGCGAAGGCAUGGAGAGGGUAGAAGCAUCCAAGCUCCGCAAAGACCCAACGGCGGAGGAGGCUUAUGAUGCCGAGCAAGCGCGGAUCGCUGAAGCGCAGGAAGCUGCCGGUAUCGGUAACAACAUCUAUGGCGGUCGCUUUUUUGGUGGAUCGACGGAUAACCUCUCCAUCUCAUCCACCGCCUCGUCUGCUUCUAUUAUGAUCAGGAAGAUGGGCCGUGGCAUGAAGAAGAGUACCCGCUCCCUGGUUGGCCUCUUCCGGCCAAAGUCCGCCGUGGGCUCGCCGGCGGCCGAUUCUCCUGUUAGCGAGGCCGGUCAGGCCGCCGUAUCCAUGAUUACCGUGGAAGCAGAGACUCGACGUGUCAACGUCACUGCCGAUCCUCAGGGCGGCAAGGGCGGCACGGGGUUCCCUCGUCUCGAGCGCAAUUCUCUCGACGCUACGCAGAUCCCUGAAGGCGCAGCGGAGCGUGUGGGCAGCUCAGGAGCGGACAACGGGCCGCGUAAGAGCAUUGUGGGCGGUGAGAAGGAGCGCGCAGAGGUACUUGCGGCUGUUCGCAAGGGCAUCUUGAAGCGUCCAGGCUCGUCAAGCCCUUCCAUUCGCCCGUCGGAGUCUCCCGAUCUCGUCUUGCCAAACAUACCGAAUGUCGCCGACUCGCCCAACUCAAGCGCGCCUAGUACGCCGAAUGACGACGGUAAGAGGGCCAACUCGAUUGCUAUUGGCAAUGAAGACUACUUCAUGUCGGCCCUUCGGCUUGGAAAGAGCCGACCGGGAACUCCCCAGGCUGGUCCCAAGAGAAAUGCCACGUUCUCGCCGCGCAUCGUCUUCUACGACACAUGGCCUAGCCAGGAGUACGAUCGCCGAGGUGAAAUUGCCACCUGCAACCGCCUCACCCCGAUGCUUGCUCAGCAGAUCAAGGAAGAGCUGAACAGCUUCAAAAUGGAGAUGGAAGUCCAUGAGAAUUCCAAGAUUUACACGCACUUCUUCUGA